AUGUCCAUGCUGUCGCUGCAGCUGCUUCUUCUCCCGCUCGCCUCCUUCCUGCGCACGGCUGCAUCCAGCACCGGCAGCAACGGGAGCUGCGCGCCGGAGUCAUGCGGGGACCUCACCAUCAGGUACCCCUUCUCCCUCGCCGGCGUGCAGCCGCUCUACUGCGGCUACCCGCCCUUGGACCUCACCUGCGAGGCCGGCACCGGCCCCGCCUACCUGAGCAACACGUUCAGGGAGCACCUGUUCCGCGUCGACAACAUCUCCUACGCGGACAACUCCAUGGUGGCCGCCGUGCAGACAGCCUUCGCCGGCGACACCGGCUGCCCCGUCCCCGACUUCAACGUGACGGCCAGCCUCGCCCUCUUCCCGUUCAACAUCAGCGCCACCAACAAGCGCCUCGUGUUCUUCUACAACUGCGCCGUGCCCGCUGAGUUCUUGCUGCGGCGGAAGUGCGCCAACCACACGAUGGGGGCGUACAUCUCGAAGCGCAGCUGGGGCGCCGGCGAAGGCGGCACGCCACCGCAGGGGGUUUCCACCAACUGUAGCUCGGUGAGCGUGCCGGUGCGCCGAGGAAUGGAGCCAGCUCAGCUGCACUACGACUACGUGCGGCUGAUCAGGGAUGGAUUCCUCCUGAAGCUGCCGCCGGUGCUGGGAGACUGCGACCGAUGCAGACAGAUGAGCUGCGGGGAGUGCAGGUUCGAUCAGUUCUCGUUCAAGUGCGUCUGCGGCCCCGACGGGAAGCUCUGCCCCAAUUCCACCCAACCCAGCUCACCAACUCCUCCAGGAAUCACAAGUGCUGUUCUGUUUGUCAUCGUACUGGGACUCGUGUGCCAUCUCAUACAACUCAACCGAGCCAAGAACAAGAAACGGUCUGCGUCAAUGGACGGCCUCAUCCGUGAAGGAUCGCCGCUGGCAUCGCUCCGGAAGGAGUUCAACCUCGCCGGCUCGCCGUGCACCCACAUCUUCACCUACGAGGAGCUCGACGCGGCCACCGACGGCUUCGGCAACGCCAACGAGCUCGGCGCCGGCGGCUUCGGCACAGUCUACAAAGGGGUUCUCCGGGACGGGAGCGUGGUGGCGGUGAAGCGGCUGUACAAGAACAGCUACAAGGGCGUGGAGCAGUUCGCCAACGAGGUGGACAUCCUCUCGCGGCUGCGCCACCCCAACCUCGUCGCGCUCUACGGCUGCACCUCCUCCUCGCCGACCUGCCGCGACCUCCUUCUCGUCUACGAGUUCGUCCCCAAUGGCACGCUCGCCGACCACCUCCACCACGGCAAGGAAGACCCCCUCCUCCUCCCGUGGCCGACCCGCCUUGGCAUCGCCGUCGAGACGGCCGCCGCGCUGGUCUACCUCCACGCGCACCAGGUCCUGCACCGGGACGUGAAGACGACCAACAUCCUGCUGGACGACGGGUUCCACGUCAAGGUGGCCGACUUCGGGCUGUCCCGGUUGUUCCCGGCCGACGGCGCCACGCAGCACGUGUCCACGGCGCCGCAGGGCACCCCCGGGUACGUCGACCCGGCGUACCAACGCCGGUACCAGCUCACGGACAAGAGCGACGUGUACAGCUUCGGCGUGGUCCUCGUCGAGCUGGUGUCCUCAAGGCCUGCGGUGGACAUGGCCCAGGCCGGCACCGACGUGAACCUGGCAUGCAUGGCCGUGCGCAUGAUACAGUGCUGCGAGAUCGAACGGCUGGUCGACCCGCGGCUCGGGUACGGGUCGUCAGCGAGCGAGACGAAGGGGACGAUCGACAUGGUCGCCGAGGUGGCGUUCCGGUGCCUGCAGCCGGAGCAGGACGUGCGGCCGUCCAUCGGCGAGGUGCUGGACGUGCUCAGACAGGCGCACCAGAGGAUUACGGAUGGCGCGGUGUUGGUGAAGAAGAGCAGAGACGGGUCGCCUGACUCCGUGAUGAACCACGAGGUGCUUUUGGAGGAGGAUAGGCAGGAUUCAGACAUCCAGCAGGAGAUGGGGCUCAAGAAGCCGCAGCCGGCGCCGGAGCCGGAGCCGGAGCCGCAGGUGCUAGUGCCGCCCGUCUUCGACUUCCCUCCCUUGGCCGCCCGCACCAGGGAUUUGAACGACCCCCAUACAUUUGUGGACUUACUUGUGUCAACUUUGAAACCUACAAUGCGGCUGUCUUCAAGCGUUUACUAUCCCAAGUAUGGUAUUGGCGCCUUUGGGACGUUCCCUUUGAAUAUGGCAAACAGAGCAUGCUCAGCAGAUUAUGGCGUCAUGGGUUUAAGAUAUGGUUCAGAGAAUCUAUCAAUUGGGGCCUCCUUCGUCCCAUUUCCUUCGCCUGGUGAGGUACCCUACGAUGCAUGGUUGGCUGGGAGAAAAGGGAAUUUAAGUGCAGGCGUACAAUACAAACCACUAGGUGGAAGCAAGCAUCCUAUGCCUUUUACAGACUUGAAGAACUGGAAUUUUGCAAUCGGUUAUGGUCUGGGCUCAACUAGCCCACUCAGCCCUUCAUUUACUUUUGCACUAGAGCUCAUUAGAAGUUCACAGCUGGUUGCAUCAUUCUAUCAGCACCAUAUUUCUGGAAAGGAACUAAAGUAUCGGGGUGAACCUGAUAUUUUUGGAACUUUAAACUACAUUGAUCUUGGACUUGAGCUGGCCACAAGGGUGGAUAAAGACAAACCAACAGACGAUGUUGGCAAUUCCUCGUUUCAGGUAGCUGCAAGUUGGCAGCUCAAUACUGAUUUACUUGUAAAGGGGAAGUUAGGCCCCUCCAAGUCUUCUGCAGCAUUGGCAUAUAAGUUUCCACCCUUCUUUACAUGUAGUGUCACAGUUGAAAAUGAUCAUUUGAAAGGUACGAGAUCGUAUGGAUUGGGAAUUGGUGUUGAGGAUUUCAGAGAGCCCAGAUGCCAAACACUUGAUCAAGAUUGUAAGGUGUUGAAACAACAUGGGAUGGACGUCGAUGGAAAGGAGCGUGUCCUCGAGUUUGACUUUGGUCCUGGCAACUAUGACAAUUUACCAACGGGGUUGAAGCCUAUCGACAAAAUAUUGUAA